AUGUGUGAUCCAAUAAUACUACGAACAGAACGUGGAAGUGGUGCGUGGUGUCCACGUCAACAAAUUAGCCCUGAAGUAGUAGAAUGGUUGCAAAUUGAUUUUGAUAUGGAUAUGGUGAUAACAGCUAUUGAAACACAAGGACGCUUUGAUGGCGGACGUGGAUUGGAAUAUGCACCAGCGUAUAUGUUGGAGUAUUGGCGUGAAAGUCUUGGAACUUGGGCACGAUACAAAGAUGGGAAGCAAAAUGAGGUGAUGGUUGGAAAUAGUGAUACGCAAUCGGCAAUAUUUCGAGCACUGGAUGGUGGUGUUGUAGCACGAAAUUUACGUGUCAUACCUGUUUCCGAAAUAACACGUACCGUUUGUAUGCGUGUUGAACUUUAUGGAUGUUCUUACAAAGAUCAACUUCUAUCUUAUACAAUACCGGAAGGUGAUGUAGUAGAUGGUUUAAAUUUAAAAGAUGUAUCAUAUGAUGGAAUUACAAAUUCAUCCGGAUAUUUAAUCAAAGGUCUUGGCAAAUUAUAUGAUGGCGCAGUUGGUUUGGAUAAUUUCGAGAAAUAUCCUGAAAAAUGGAUUGGUUGGAGUAAAGAAAAACACGGUGGAACUAUUACAAUUGAAGUGUUAUUUGCAAAAAAGAAAAUUAUCAAUGCUAUUUUAUUUCAUGCAUCGAAUUUCUUGAAAAGUGGUGCACAGGUAUUUAAACGAGCACAUAUAUGGUUCUCCUCUCAAGGUGGAGGUCAAUAUUCACCGAGAACGUUGUAUUUUAAUUAUGUCCCAGAUAAAAAUUUCCAGUCAGCAAG